AUGGACACCCAGACCACAACGGCCGAACCUCAGCAUCCCUAUCCCCCAAGUCCCUGGAACACGGUCUCGACGAUAACAUCGAGCACGACGAGUUCGACGACGGCCUCGACGACGAGCAGCCACAGCGCUCCCGCCGCCGACGGCUCCUUCUUUCCCGACCCGGCCGCCACCCAGUUUCACUCUCAUCUCGACUUCCUCCCCUUUCUCCUCCCCCAGCAGUCCAACAUCUACCACGCCCAGCUCCUACACUACAACAAGCUCAUCUCGCCCGCCCGCGGAGGCGGCCUGCAGACGCCGCCGCUCCCUCCCGUCGUCUCCGCUCCUCAUAUCCAGGCCGCGCCCAGGUCGCGAUCUUCUAGCAAGGUGUCGCUCAAGGACGCAUCCGCCGGUAAGGGGAACACAGGUGGAGGCCAUGGGAGCAGGUCACAUCAGAACUCAGACAAGAGUCGCUCGGUUGUAACCUCCAAGGAGGUCCCGUCCAAGAUGCCUUCCAAACAGUCGGCCGACUCAUCGAGGCCUCUGCCCCGUCGAUCCGCGCCCUCGGCUCAGUCCCAUUCCAGCUCUGUGCCCUCGACGCCUCAUCAGCACGCUCGUCAAUUCUCCUUUGAGGAUCGCGAGCCGUCCCCCACCGGCACAAACAAUCACUCCCCCCGAUCCGCCUACUCCGAGACAAAUAGCACCCUGCCGUCGCUGCGACCCUUGCCGCCGCGAUUAGGGGGCUGCAAGUAUGAGACGGCCCAGAUCAACUCCAGAAGGAGGAUACCUUAUUCGGUCGGCAACGACCGUCUUGAGAAGCUGGACUUGCAGACGGUAAAAAGCAAGCUGACCGAGGAUGAGGAGCGAAAGUUGGCGACCGACAUGCGAGAGGUCUAUGACCGACUGCUGCCCACUGCCGCUGUCGAGGAGAACCGCAAGAAGCUGGUGCUGAAGCUUGAAAAGAUCUUCAACGACGAGUGGCCUGGACACGACAUCCGUGUUCAUCUCUUUGGUUCUUCUGGAAAUCUCCUUUGUUCGGAUGACUCUGAUGUGGAUAUCUGCAUCACCACCUCGUGGCGCGAAUUGGAGGGCGUUUGCAUGAUCGCCGACCUCCUGGCGCGACGGGGGAUGGAAAAGGUUGUCUGCAUUUCGGCAGCCAAGGUGCCAAUUGUCAAGAUCUGGGAUCCUGAACUGGGCCUUGCCUGCGACAUGAAUGUCAACAACACCCUUGCUCUCGAGAACACCCGCAUGGUUCGAACAUAUAUAGACACCGACCCUCGAGUUCGUGAGCUUGCCAUGAUUGUCAAGUACUGGACCCGGAGGAGGAUAGUCAAUGAUGCGGCGUUUGGCGGCACAUUGAGUUCUUACACUUGGAUUUGCUUGAUCAUCGCGUUCCUGCAGCUCCGAAGCCCUCCUGUCCUCCCCGCGCUGCAUCAGCUGUCACACAAGCUUCCCAGGCCGGACGGUACCAUGCCCGACUUUGCCGACGAUCUCAAGAAGCUAUCUGGUUUUGGAAACAAGAACAAGUCAUCGGUCGCCGAGCUUCUGUUCCAGUUCUUUCGCUUCUACGCGCACGAGUUUGACUACGAUAAGCACGUUCUCUCGGUCCGUCUCGGAAAGCUAGUUACCAAGCAUGAGAAGAAGUGGCACUAUGCGAUUAACAACCAGCUCUGCGUCGAAGAGCCGUUCAACACCUCCCGUAACCUCGGGAACACGGCCGACGAGUACUCGUUCCGGGGAUUGCAUAUGGAACUUCGACGAGCGUUCGAUUUGAUUUCAGUGGCGAAUUUGGAAGAAGCGUGCGAAACGUACGUGUUUCCCAAAGAGGAGGAGAGAGUAUGGUCCCGACCACCACCACAAUCUCGACCUGUCCUACUGCGCAGCUCGUCGCAGACACACUCUGGACGUGGCGGUCGUGGAAACCAUCGCGGCGGACGACACAACAACAAUUUUCACCGGAACACCGGGGGGAAUCGGCGAGCAUCGUCUGGCGUCCCUCAAUAUGAUGCCAACAACAACACCAAUAACGUGUAUAUCCCGCAGGUCAACAUGCAGCAGGAUUUGCAGUGGUAUCAGAACCCGCAGUUCCAGCAGUUCCAGUAUACACAGCAAGAUCUCAUGACUCAGAUGGCAGCAUAUCACCAGGAGAACAUGCGGCUUUUGUACGCUUCUCAGUCACCAGCAUUUAUGCAGCAACAGGCCCAAGCCCAGGCCCAGGCUCAGGCUCAGGCUCAGGCCAUGAACCAGCAGCAGCAGAGGAUGUCGACCAGCACAGGCUCCAAUCAGCAACAGCAGCAGCAGCAGUCUACGGACCGUUCGAGGACGAAUUCUUUCGACAACCCGCCACUGAGUGCGCCCCUGCGACCUGAUUUGUAUGCCAUGUAUGGAAUGACUCUGGGAGGGCCCUUCUUUCCUCAGGCAGGGGGCUACGGAACGUACCCUUCGUCUCCAGCUAGUACCAAUGGCGCAACCCAGGACUUUCGUCGUUCCAUGCAGCGAUCAGGAGCGAACAAUGAAGCAGGUGGCUCAGCAAACGGUACUCUACGGUCACACUCUCAGCCCGCAUCCCGAUCUCCGUCAGCACAGGCAGCUGGAAACUACUUUGGUAACCAACAAGUCAAUGGCAAUGCCAACCCUCGUAGCAUGAAUGGUGUUCCAAUCCCGAGUUUCAUGUCUGACGACACAGAUUUCGACGAGACCCCCAAGGCUCAUACCGACUCUCCACAGUCGGAAGAGGGCAAGUAUGCCGCGUUUUACUUGACAGAGAGCCCCAGCCCUGGUAAACAGUCUCAAAAGUCGCAGCCUGGCUCCAACGGUAUUGCCUUUGGAGAUCUCAGCCAAAACUCCAGCCCAGGACGUCGACGGCUCUCGACAGAUCAACUCCCGCAGACGAUUCUUGACCGCAGGAUGAGAAGGACAUCCCGAUCGCCCUCGCCACUGGGUCACUCGCGAGCUUUCUCCGCAAGUACGGCCUCGGCGCCACUUGCACAGGCCCCUUUCCCUGGAAGCCAGAACAAGAAUCUCUCUCGACCCUUGGUUGUCAAUGGGUCAUGUCUGAAGACGAGUGUCCUCCAGAGCCCACGUCAACCAUCGGGCUCAGAGAGCAAUGCUUCCGAAGACUCGUCCAACUUUGAGAACCCUCUCCAGAUCAACGUUGGAAACGGUGUGCCAAGUUACCCUGUUGACGGUCCAGUUGUCUCGUCAAGUGCACCAGAAGAGGCAACGGCCAAGCAAGGGGUUCCUAACCAAGUUCCUGUUGUAGCAAACGGAACCACACCGCAUAUGGCCCCAUCAUCAACAGCUGAUGAUCCAUCAUUUCGAGAGCGCAUCUUGAUGAUGAACACAUACUACAUGGCCGCCUCCAAUCUCGCGCAAGAACCCGUGGCGGGAACGUCACGUCUGUCGCCCUCGACUCGACAGCGCUUGAUGUCUCGUCAGCAAAAUGGAAUUGCGCCGCUUGACCUCGCCAUCGCUGAGCACCGGAUUGAUCGUCCUGUUGGUCAAGAUUUUGCUCAUCUGUCUCCAGUGUAUGAGAACCGUACUCCUUCUCCCACAGUGGUUCGAAAGCCCGAUGGACCUUUGAAAUCAGACAAACAGGCUGCACAGAACAGCCCCAAGGCAUCACGGGGAGAUGGUUCCAAGACAGGCCAGGAGCCUGAGGAGCGAGUGCAGGAUUCCCAGGAUGGAUCGAAGCCUCAAAAGGGCCAGAAAGCCAAUGCUCAGUCUCAAAAGGUCAACGGAGUUCGAGAGAACGGCCAUACUCGCGGGGCUAAGAGCGAAAGCGACGGAGGCUGGCAAAAGGCGGGCAAGGGAAAGAAGAAGGGUGCCAACAAUGCCGCAAAUCAAGGGAACGGCGAGCAGCUUCCCAAGCUUGAAUCCGAGCGCAAGGGAGGCUGA